AUGGACUGGUCUCCAUUCUACGGUCUGUCGCUAGCGAAAUUAACACCUUCCGGCCUGUUGCAAUUGGACACCUUGGAUCAUGAAGUCGAGCUCCUGCGGCGGAACAAUGUGGAACUACGAAGUGAAAGCCUCGAGCCAAUAUAUCCAUCUCCGUUUGAAAACGUGACUUGGAAACCAAGAACUGAAAAUUUGACCAUUGUCGUCACGACCCACCGUUUAGUCUUGUUUGACAAUCAUAAUUCCAACAACAACAACAAUAAUCAUCAUCAAGCCAGAUUCAUUCAUUUGUCCAAUCUGCAUCAAUGCCAACGAGCUGGUGGUCCUAGCAUGACCUCCUGGAAUGCCUCCUACAAAUUACGAUUGUCUACCUUUCAAUAUGGAGAUUUGAUCUUGGCCUUUAAAUCAGCUUCGACAUCGGAAAAGGACCGAGAGAAUACCAAGGAUCGCAUCGAAACCUCCUUGCAACGCCGGGCAUGGGAAACUGCCACUCGAUUGCAAGAGAAGCAAAAGACCAAUGAACAACUUGCAAAGCGACGAGUUGGAGUGGAUCAUAUAUUAACAAAGAAUAAAAUGCGGCACCGGCAGGCUGCCAAAUUGGCAGAUGAAGCCCUCAGUGGAGACAGCGAACAGCUAUUGCAAGAAGCUUCCGAAUUGAUUGGAGUCAUUCAAAAGUAUGUAUCGACCCUCAAAAAGGGAGAAGGAAAUAAGGAAGAACAGGAUGACGAAGCCCAACAAUUGGCGUCGCUCUUGCAGGAUAUGGGAAUGGCAUCGGCACUGACCAAGAAACAAGUCGGAGGCGGUAGUAACAAACGAGGUGGCAAAAAGAACAAUGAUGAAUAUUACGAACUUUUGGCAAGACAAGUGGCAGACUUUUUGUUGCCCAAGUUGCCCACCAUGGGGGGAGUCAUUACGCUGACGGAUGUCUUUUGCUUGUUCAAUCGAGCGCGGGGGACCAAUCUCAUUAGUCCUGACGAUUUGAAUCAAGCCUGUGAGUUGUUUUCCACAUUAAAUCUGGGAAUCUCCAAACGAACCUUUCCAUCGGGCAUUAUGAUUAUUCAAUUGGAUCAAAUGCUGGCAAGUGCGGACAAAAUUGCGAGUCUGUGUCCGACUACAGCUCUGGAGGCCAGCCAUGAAUUGAAGGUCAGCCCAUUGCUGGCCGCAGAACAAUUGGAAGAAGCGGAACGAAAGGGGAUUCUUUGUAGGGAUGUUACCUUGGAACGGACGUGUUUCUACGUGUCGGAUCCCUUUUUUGCAGCCUACUAA